CGAGGCCACACUUUGGAACGCAGCGCGCGUGCGCGCCGAGGGCAUCCGGCUUGUGCGCAAGUGCGGUCGUCACUGGGCAACUCGGGCGCAUGCGCCGCUGGUUUCCACAGUCCGCGGCGCUUGCGCAGUUGGAAUCUUGAACCGCUUCUAUUGUGGACCGUUCGGGCGUCGUGUUUGUGCCGUAGGCCGGUGUUCCAUGACGGUGUUGCCCCGAGGCCGAGAGACACGUCGGGGGUCGGAGAAGGGAGAAGGCGAGGGGAGAGUGUGAGGAUGGGCUGCGGCUUCUUUCCCGGGAUAUUGUAACGGCCUCGGCCUGGUCGGUCCGUGUGAGGAGGAGGCGCCAGUCGCUCCUCGUUGUUCCCGUCAGACAGAGAGUCAUGGAGCCCACGUUCCCUCCCAGUAUGAUCAUGUUCAGUCAUCUCCCUCCCGUCACCUCCUUCACCCGCCUCGGCUCAGACCUUCUCCCGCCUCCGACUCCUGCGCAGCUGCCGGGCCCCGGGGACAUGAUCCUGAAGAAGGAACCGGGCUCUCCGCCUCAUCACAGCGACUUCCUGCAGGGCCUGGCCGGGAUCAAACAGGAGAAGUUCGGGGAGCACGAGCAGUACCGAUACUACGGGGACAGACCGGCUGAGAUCGUGGAAGUGACGGUGGGAGGCCCGGGCUUGAUCCCAGAGCUGGGACUGAACAGAGAGCUGUUAAUAAGGGCAGAAAAAAAUGGCUACGACCCUACACAGAGUCCUUCCAACAAGAAGAUGAAGCGGCUUAACUCAGAAGCUCAGGAAGCAAAAUCCAAACGCAGGCGGAGCGACUCCUCUAAAUCUGUAGGUGGUGAUGGUGAAGCUGCUAGUUUAUCUCCAAAUCAGAAACCUCAUAUCUGUGAACACUGCAGUGCUGCUUUCAGGAGUUCCUAUCAUUUGCGGAGACAUGUCCUCAUCCAUACAGGUGAAAGACCUUUUCAGUGCAGUCAGUGCAAUAUGAGUUUUAUUCAGAAGUAUUUGCUACAGCGGCAUGAAAAAAUUCACAGUGGAGAAAAGCCUUUCAAUUGUGAUCAGUGUAAUAUGAAGUUUAUACAGAAAUACCACAUGGAAAGGCACAAGAGGACUCACAGCGGGGAAAAGCCAUACAAAUGUGAUACAUGCCAGCAGUAUUUCUCAAGAACGGAUAGGUUGCUGAAGCACAAGAGAACAUGUGGCGAAACUAUCAAUAAAGGAUCCAUGGAAGCUGGGUCAUCGAACCCUAGUCUGGAUAAUUUGUCGGGUAAUUUUGACUUAUCUCAGGGAAAUUCAAAUUUUUCUGGGCGAAAGAAAGGCAAGUCCAGAAAUGGCUCCGCACACAAGGACCAGAAGCCGAGCAUCAAACUUAAUGAGACCCAUUUGACACCUGGACUCAAUAUCCAAAAUUUUGCAGUGGAUGUUCCUCUAGUGUCUUCCAGCAGUGGAUCUGGCAUGGAUGACUUAAAUGCCAAGGUGCCAAAACUAGUUUUUAAGAAGGUAAGGGGGAAACAAGAGAAAAACGACCUCCAGUUGGAGGCUCAGUCAUCCAACAUGGUUAUUCAUAAACUUUCAGAGAAGAGUAAUAGCCCCUUGGACAUGGUGGAAAAUGCCGGUGUAGACACUAUGAACCUUCUGCACAGUUCAGGUAACAAAGGUCAUACAAGUAGCAAUUAUGACGAUGCAAUGCAGUUCCUGAAAAAGAGAAGGUAUUUGCAGGCUGCUAGUGGUAACGGUGCCUAUGCAGUGAAUGUAGGCCACAUGGUGUCUCAGCAGUCAGUUAUUCAGUCUGCAGUUUCUAGUGUUAUGGAUGGAGACAACCCAUUGACUCUUAUAGACUCACAGUCGCUGAAUGUCGAGAUAAAGAACUGUCAAGACAAGUCUGUUAUUCCCGACGAGGUGCUUCAGAGUAUUUUGGAUCAUUACACACACAAGUCGGUAGGCCACCCUGAUGUUCCUUUUAGCAUUUCUGAACACCAUGUAGAUCUGCACGCGACAGGAGACAGUGAUUUGGUACAGGACAACGUCUGUUCAGAUUCUCAAUCGUCCCAAAACGACAAGGCCAACAUGUUUCAAGAGUACUCCAAAUACCUUCAGCAAGCUUUGGAAAGAACAAGCCAUACAACUACUUUUCCACUUGGUCCCAGUUUACAGUUUGUCAGCUUGUCUUCAUCUCUCGCAAACCAUAAUUUGUUUUCUGACAAGCAAAUAUACACUACAUCGCCUCUCGAUUGUGGAUUCAAUCAGUCGGUCACAUCAGUAUUGCCAACUACCUUACCAAAGUCACAUUUUGGAAUGGUUGUGGGCCCCCAAACAGGGUUCUCCUUAUCCUUGGAGACAACACAUCAGCAGCUAACUCCUUCCCAGGAGCUGGCUGACCAAAUUGACCCACACAAAACCUUAGACGCAUCUGCCAACUAUCAGAUUUCAUCUCAGGAAUUGAAUGGGCAGAAAGAUCAGCAGAAGAACCUAGAGUCUACUUCAGGCUAUCACCUUCAACCUCAGGAGUUGGCAAGUACGCUAGAGCCACAGAAGGAUGUCCGACAGCGAGCUACCUGCCAGAUAGAGAACUUUGCACAAGCAUUUGGUUCUCAGUUCAAAUCUGGUAACAGGGUGCCAAUCUCAUUUAACACUACCACUGAUGGGGGAGUGGAUCACAGGUUGAGGACUUCAACUCCAGAAUUCUCAGGGUACACAAAUUUGCUAUCUGAUGUUCAUGACACAGGUAGUGCAAGAGUCAAGACUCCAACUAGUCAGAGUUUCAGGUGAGGCUGAGCGUAUUACUUGGCUCCAGAGGUCUUUUAAAAACAUGGUGUAUUUUUUAUUUUGAUAACACUGCCAUUAGAAUGUUUCUACACAAUCGUAAUAAGAAUUAUGUAACCUAUGCCCUGUCAAUGCAAAAUUUUUGUUUAUAUAUAAAGUGUUGUGAUAGUUCAGCCUGUAUCUAAUUUUUAAUCAAAAUUAGUUAGGAAAAAAAGGGGAGGGGGAGAGCCUGGGUAGCCAAAAUAUUUAAUUUGGGAGAUAAAGGUUUUUCAAUCAGCCUCUAAUUGAGAUAUUGAGGUGGGGGAGGUGAGGGAGGGGGGAGACUAGGAUAUAAAUGCCCAUGGUCUUAAAAAAACAAAAAAACUUGGGUUUCAAAUUUGUGGGCUCAGGAACCAAUAUUGAGGCUGAGGUCACGGAAUUAUAAAAAAAAAAAUGUGAAGUUAAUUUAACGUGUAAUUGGUUAUUUUUCCCAAACAAUCACAUUGAUGUCACAUGUUCAAAGUAGGUCACAUCUGUAGUCUGUUCCAUUAGCUCUGUUUGUUUACUCUCAAGAUUUGAACAUUUUUUGUCAAAUUAUGUAUGUACAGUUAUUUCCUUUCGAUAUACCUCAUUUUUACUGUUCAUGCAGCAUUCAGGAACAUAUGUAUUUCGCAAUAUCGUUUCGCUAUAAUAAAAAGAAACCGUUGUGUUACAAUUGUUUUAUAGAGGUGUCUAGAGUUUUAUAGAAAAGUGCAAAAUAAGAGAUAUUGACUAUAUCCGUAGAAGACAAUGUUUUUUUUCUAAUAGACCUAUUCAAUUGGCUCAACCACCCAGUGAAAACUUGAUGUAAAACGUAGAUCCUUGCAUUUUGCUCCACCAUAUCAUAUAUACAGAUGGACAGCAUUUUCCAUGGAAUUUAGGAAAAGGUUUGAAGGUUAGGCCCAAGAUAUUCCUGGUCUCUUUUAGUAGACUAUCAAGUCCAACGUGAAGUCAAAAGCCAAUUAAAUAGCAGAAGGCUUGUUUGGAACAAAGGUUACUUUUCGUUCCAGUGUUGAUAAUACAGUGUUACUCACCACAAACUCCUUAUGACUUCUAGGACCAAUAUGCAAAGUAUUUCCACCUUAUAAUUUUUCCUUAUACCUAAAAAUAUAUUUGGUUACGAUAACUCAAUCUUCAAAUAUUUUCCUUGUGCUUGGAUAUGAGUGCUAAACUAAAUAUCCUAAUAUAUCAGACACAUUUUAGUACAAGCUCCAUUUUUAAAGGUCCAACCCUUGGCUCAUAAAAGUCUAUAGAAUAUAUCAGACAUAUUUUAGUUCAAGCCCCAUUUUUGAGGUCCAACCCAUGGCUCAUAAAAGUCUAUAGAAUAUAUCAGACAUAUUUUAGUUUAAGCUCCAUUUUUGAGGUCCAACCCUUGGCUCAUAAAAGUCUAAAGAAUAUAUCAGACCCAUUUUAGUUUAAGCUCCAUUUUUGAGGUCCAACCCUUGGCUCUUAAAAGUCUAUAGAAUAUAUCGGAUACAUUUUAGUUCAAGCCCCAUUUAUGAGGUCCAACCCAUGGCUCAUAAAAGUCUAUAGAAUAUAUCACACAUUUUAGUUUAAACUCCAUUUUUGAGGUCCAACCAUUGGCUCAUAAAAGUCUAUAGAAUAUAUCAGACAUAUUUUAGUUCAAGCUCCAUUUUUGAGGUCCAACCCUUGGCUCAUAAAAGUCUAAAGAAUAUAUCAGACACAUUUUAGUUUAAGCUCCAUUUUUGAGGUCCAACCCUUGGCUCUUAAAAGUCUAUAGAAUAUAUCGGACACAUUUUAGUUCAAGCCCCAUUUUUGAGGUCCAACCCAUGGCUCAUAAAAGUCUAUAGAGCCCAAAGCAAAAAAAGUGUUCACCCAAGAUCUCAGCCUAAGUAAAGUAUCUAGCGUUGCUUAAAGGCAUUCUCCUCAAAUAUCUCCCUAACUGGCCUUCAGGCUGUGCUCCUCCUAUCCACUGCUCAUGGCCAGCCCCUAACCCUACAAGAAUUUAUAUUGUUUGAUUGUUGGUAAGGACAGGGUACGGAAUGUUUGUAGAAAUAUCACCUAAAUGACCUGACAUUGGAUUUGUUUUACAUUUUUUUGUCAUUUUUACUAGAUUGAAAUAUUUAAAAAUCAUAUCAAAUGAUCCACGUGUAUCAAUUUCAGGAAGUCUGUAUAUAAUAAAGACUGGAUCCAAUCAUGAUAACUCUUUAAAAUAUAAAUCAUGCUUAGCAGACUGAAAGGCACAUCAAACAUGGCCGAUAUUCCCACAAAAUAAAAGCCUCCCUGUAAUACGUGUAAAGGUGGCCUCACAGGUCGUUUUGCACAAUAUUCAGUACUUGUAUGGUGGGAGACGAGGCAACCGAUAUUGGUUGUCUCGUCAAUCAGCAAAGACGGAAAGUAAUUGAACAGCGGCAAAAGGAUCCUGCUGAAUCGUCAGAAAGAGGUAGAAUUCUAUCGUUUCUACAUCUGACGAUUAACGUUUGUAGUGAAAAAUAGUAACUGCUAUGACCACCUUAGAGCUGAUGAAUUUUUUCCAGAUUGUCUUAUUGGUUCACAACGACACAUUUCAUGUUUUUUUCCUUGGAAAUUAAACAUUUUCACAGCUAAAGCAGCACAGGAGUACCGACCUGGCUGCGUUUAGGCAUUUACUUGCUGCACACUCCCCUAGGGACAAAUGGGUUACCCAUAUUUGUUUUGCUCUGUAGUCCUCGUAGAGUAACUGGGGCUUAACAUGUAACCAUGGACACUUGCUAUUAUGGAAAUAUAACCACUAACCCCAGGAUAUCUGGUCGUGGGUUGGCUCUAGAGAAUUAAAAAUUCCAGUUAGUAUCCCUGUAGUUGAGCACCUAUUUCAAAGUAAUGCAGAUAUUCCUUUGAUCUGCCUGCUAUGAUUUGGUACUGUAUCAGAUUUAACAGCCCCAAUUGGAGGGAUUUUUAAGAGUAACAUCCAUGUGCCAUAAUGUCUGCAUAUGGUUCCCCCUUUAAGGAUAAAAUUGCAUUUAUCAUCAGGGGAAUUUAACCACAAUUUUUUUUAAAUUUCGAUAUAAGAUGCCACACGUUUCCUGCCAACGUGGCAUACACUUGUCUGCAAUAAUAAACAUUCUUGAGCCAGUGUUAAAGGGGGAACCAGCACUUGUACAACUGGCUAAGAUAUGCCAUGGUACAGGUUCGAUCCCACCUUAUUCCAUAGACUACUCUAGAAGAAUAUUAGUCUGCAAUAAUUUGCUGCAGACCCUAUUUAUCCUAAAAUCUAGUCGUUAACCUCGCUAGUGCUUCAGCUUCCCCCCUGUCCUAUUUUUUAAUCAACAUCAUAAAGCAAGUAUUAAUAGACACCGCCAGAUUCCGCAAUACCCCAAUAUUUUGCCUUUCGAGAUCGAUUCGACAGAGGUAGUCCCAUAAAUAAGAUGGAUCAGUCCAUUCAGCAUUUGUCUAGAUAUAAGUCAUCUCUUUUCAGCUCGGUAUGUUCUGUAUUAAAGAUGCAUUGUCCUUUUAGAAUGGGGUAAAUGCUUUUGAAAUCAGUAUUAAAGUAAAUAUAUUUAAAAAAUAUAUAUAUAGAUAUAUAUAUGAAAAUAUAUAUAUAUGUUCCUGUUUGUAAAUGAAUUAGCAGUGCAAUAAAACAUUUCAGAAAUUCUGCUUUUCUUUGCGCCAUGCAAGAAUAAUAUGCACGAUUUUUUUUUUGUUUUUUUUUGGAAUUCUUGAUUUUGAUACCCCCUCCCCUUUGUAAGAGAGAGCGAAAAUUCUCCGUGACCGUUGGUAAAGCCAUUUUUUUUUUUAAUAAAUGUAUGGAAGUAAAUUGGUUCUAGUUCUUUUUUGCUGCUGGAUAAAGUAAAGUUAUGCAUCUGCUGAAAGAAAAAGGAA